UUCUCUCCAAAGGCCAGGGUGAAACCUGUCGCUAUCGUUUCUUGGGCAAAUAUGGCGGUUACUGCUGGAUCGUUACUCAAGCAACUAUUGUUUAUGACAAACUGAAACCACAAAGUGUGGUUUGUGUUAAUUUUGUUAUAAGUAACUUGGAGAAAAAGCAUGAAAUUUAUACUUUACAACAAUACGAAGAAUCGCAAAAACUUAAAAUUGAAGAAAAACCUCUUGAUAACAUACCAACGGAAGGUUUAAUUGAAAAUAAACCCCAAAAGGAGGAAAUCAAAGAUCUAAUAGAACCAACAGAAGAAAAAUUAUUUGCUAAUUCGGAUUUAAAAUUAACAAAAGAAGCCGUAAUACUAAAUAAACUAGAAACAGCAACAACAACUACGCCACUCAAUAACAAUAAUAAUUUAAAAUCAAACAAUAAUAAACAAAAUAAUUUAAAAGAAGAAAUCAUUAAUGUUAAACCGUUUAUCAAACAAGAACAAAUACCACCAAUUGUUUUAAAUAACAACAAUAAUAAUAAAACUAGCCCCUUAAAUACUACUGCUACUUCUACUCCCAACGCUGCAGUAGCAACUCCCUUAUUACCACCACCAAACCACUGUCCCACCACUACUGUUACCCAUACAGUUUUUAAUAAAUCUAAACCAACUAGCGGUGGUCCCAAAACCGUUACUUCUUCGUUGAUUUUAACCAAUUUACCCACUACCACAUCGACUCAAUCGAUUUUACAACAACAACAACAACAUCAAACUUUGAAUGUUGCCAACAACAAUAAUACGCGUGCCACGCCCCAAUCUGUAACAGCUUCGGUAUUUUCACCUUUACCGCCUACAAAAUUACCUUCGACUACAGCUACAGCUGCUAUUUUAGCUCAACAACAACCACAGCAGCAGCAACAACAACAACAACAAUCGGGAGGUGGACAACUAACGGCUAACGCGAAUCAUCCACAAGAUAUGAAUAAAGGAUAUUUAUCAUUUGCCGAGGAUGCCACAGAAUUAACAAUGCUUAAAGAAGAACCAGACGAUUUAACUGCCCACUUAGUGGCCACAAAUGCUGUCGAUGCUUGUAUGCCACUCGAUGAAUCGGGCCCCUUGUUUGGUGAAAUUUUAGUAGGUUUUGGCAUGGGCUCUUACAGCAGCCUCUUACCUGAUGAUAUCAAUUCAUUAGACUCUAACACAUCGUCCUUAGAACAUAGCAAUCAUAAUAAUAACAAUAACAGCAACAAUAAUAGCAAUAAUCAAACAAUAAACAAAUCUUCAGCAAUUACUUGUUCGCCUACAACAGCAGCCAAUUCGCCUACAACAUCUUCGACGUCGUCAAUAUCUUAUAAUGCUUCAAUUGUGGCAACAACACAUAAUCACAGACAAUCUACAACAUCGUCUUCUUCGUCGUCGCCAUCUUCAUCAUUGAUAACAACUACAACAAGUGCAACACAUAAUAGCAAUAGUACAGCAACAACGACAGCAACAAAUAGCACAAAUAUUGAUCCAUUUAUAAAUUAUCGUGAUGAAUCGAAUGAUACAAAUUGCUCACAGCAUUUACUGUCGCCAAGUGUUACAUCCAAGAGUCCUGAAGGUAGCAGUCUACCCUCAUUAUGCAGCCCCAGUUCAUUAAGUCAAGAGGAUGAUUUUUCAUAUUACACCAUGAAUGUCGAUGAUAUGGAUGAUUUAACAAUGCGUGCUCCUUAUAUACCCAUGAAUGAACAAGACGAUUUACCCUUGUUAACCACCGAUGAUUAUAUGUGGAGUAGUGGUAAUGCCUUUACGCCCGAUGAGUUUAGUUUGCAUACAAAAGAUUCCGAUAAUUUGCAAACGUUGCAACUCAAUCAAUUAUUAAACUAUCAACAGCAACAAUUCACGCAACAGCAGCAACAAACGCAACAAUUUUCAAAUUCAUUAUGUUCUUCGCCAGCCUCAACAGUAUCCUCAAUGUCGCCCUCACCCAUACAACAACAACAACAGCAGCAACAACAACAACAACAACAAAAUUCUCAACAAAUGUUCUCUACUGAUUCAUCAGAAUUGGCUGCUUUAUUAUGUGGUUCGGCUAAUGCUACCCUUAGCACCCUACAGGAUACUACAAAUUUUACAAAUUCUUUAAAUUUAAAUGCAUCUCCUAGUAACGGUCAAACUCAAAGUGUUGAUAAUAAUGUGGUUUUAACUGAUGAUUUGGAUAGUGUUAGUGUGGCUAGUUCUUCGUCUACGGCUUUGGAUCAACAUCAACAGUUGCAACAGCAUUGUUUGCAACAAUUUCAAGAACAAUUGCAACAGCAACGUCAACAACAGUUAUUGAGUGGUUUAAAUAUAAAUUGUAAAAAAGAAAAAUUCGAAACAGCAAAUAAUUCACCAUCGUUGACACCGAAUCUAUGCGAUUCCAUAGAGGAUACUUUCGAUAAUAUCUAUAGCAAGAAUUCAACAAAUUUGGAUUGUUGGAAUGAAUUUUUACAAAUCAAUACAAAUGAGAAUACAAAUACAACAAAUAAUAAUGUUGCGGUUGCUACAACAGCACAACAACAACAACAACAGCAACAAGGAAUGGAUAAUUUAAGACAAGAAGACUGUAAACAACAAUUACAUAUGCAAUUGCAACAGCAGCAGCAACAAACACAAAACAUUAUUAUAAAUGCCGUGCCAUUGAUAACAAUACAAACCACAAGCAAUAAUAAUAAAAACGUAUUGAUACAACAGCAACAGCAGUUGCAACAGCAAAGCAAUACAAAAACUUUAAAUAAAGUGAAUACCAUCAAAUUGACACCCAUAACAAGUACGGCUACUAUAAAGAUUAUUGAAAAUAAACAGCCUUUAAUGCAGCAGCAGCAACAACAACAACAGCAGCAAAAUAUUAUUAAAACUGCUUAUAUACAAGCCACAGCCAACAACGGCUCUAAUGCUGUGACUGCCAAUAAAAGGCAUUUGUCCAACAAUCAGUUAAACAAUAAUGCCUUGGAAUCCAAACGUUUAAAAAGCAAUAUAAUGGAUAUGCAAAAUUCCAAUACAACUUCACAAUUGUUGCAACAAUUGAUAACAACACCACAGCAGCAACAGCAAACAACUUCUAAGACAACAAAAACUGUUUUGGAAACAAGAUGGUCGUCUUCUAAUGAAAAUCAAGCUUUAACACAACAGCAGCAACAGCAAAAACAACAACAGCAGAAACAAUCAAACAGUGUUUUGAAGAAUCUUUUGAUUAGUGGUUGCGAUAAAACUAAAUUGGCCAAACCGGAAUAUAUAACUAUUGAUGAUGCCUCUAGGUCUUCGAUGCAAUCACCAGACCUUUGUCUUUCUCCUUCAAUGACCAGACCAUUGCAGUGCAUGACCUCACCGGCUGCAGUAUUGCGUAAUUAUCGUCAUAAUCCCUGGAUAGGAGGACCAGGUGUUCUACCAUCACCCACUUCUAGUUUGAUAACUAAUGACGAUUCUAAUCCACCUGGUUUGACACCAUGUGAUGUCAUCGAUUCAGCCAGUGAUAGUGGCAUUGAUGACAUAAGUAUAGCAGAAAAUAUGUCACCUCUAAAGAGACCCUAUGAACAACAACAAAAGAAACAAAUUGAAAAUGUUUAUGGAAUGACGGCAGCAGCAGUUACUAUUAACAGCAACAACAACAAAGGAUAUGACAAUAAUAAAAUUAUACAAAUCGAUAACAAUAAUAUAGUAAAAAUUGCCAACAAUAACAACAAGCUAAAUGAAAUGAUUAAAGCUAAUGGUCUUAAGGCCACCCCUAAUACCACCACCACUAGCACUAGUGCCAUUCUAAUGCAGGAAGUGGAUUUGACCAAGAAAUUACAUGAAGUUGAGGAAGAGGACGGUGCUACUAUGUGUAAACGUAAGCGUUCUAUAUCAUAUUUGGACAGCAGUAACCCUUUGAUGACUCCUUUCCUAAUGGAUCUAUGCAAUGAUGAUUAUCAUAUGACUACCAAGGAGUAUUUGCAAGAUAAUGAUAUUGAAAAUGUUUUAAACGAAUGGCCGGUGGAUUUAGUUUAGUUUUAAAAUAACAAAACUUUUUUUAUACAAUUUAUAAAGAAAAGAAAAACACUUGACUACAAACAAUUUUAUAAAAAUAAAACUAUUUGAACAUUUUAUUUAACAGAAUUGUUAAAUUUAUUUUAAAUAUUGUUAAAAAUUUAUUUCAUUAUAUGUUUCUAACCCUCAAUUAUAAAAAUUAUUUUCAAUUACAAAAACAAAAAUCUAAAAUUUAUACAAAAAAAAAAAUAACUACACUUAACUGCCCCCCUCCUCCUCUGUUUCUUUGGAUUUAAAAGCAAAAAUCAAACAUUUAAAAUAUUUAGAUUUUAGAAAAAUAACUCCAUAUAUAAAAAUAUUUUUUUAUAAAGAAUCAAUUGCAAAAACAAAAUUUACAAAAAAAAUCCUCAAAAAAAAAUUAAAAAAAAUCUAAGGCUUAACUAAAAUUGACAAGAAAACUUUAAAAAAGCAAUAUAAUUAAAAAAAACAACGAAAUUAACAUCCGGAUUCAAAAUCUUUCUAUUUCAAUAUUGAAAUAAACUUAAUUGAUAACUGAUAAUUUUGUAUGAAAAUCGCAAGAAAAAAAUAUUCAAAACUUUUUUAAUUUUUCUUAUAAUUUCUUUAAAUAAAAUAAACAGGGUUCAAAAUCAAAUAGAUUUCUUUUUAAUAUUUCUCUUAAACUUAAAUGUCAAUCAUAGUCUGGCCUUAAUAUUGAAAAAAAAAUCCUAAUCAUAGUUUAAAAUCAUUUUAUUAAAAUAAAUUUUAAAUUAAUUGGUGAAGGUUUCAAUUUUAA